AUGUCCAUGACCCUCGAAGAAGCCCAAGUGCCCCGCCAGCCAAACCCAGUUCCAUCUGGCCCGGACAAUGUGCUCGAGCAAUUCAACCUGAAAGACCGCGUUGUUGUCGUGACAGGAGCUGCUGAAGGCAUUGGCGGUGCCGUGGUCGACUCCAUGGCCGAAGCUGGUGCCAAUGUAGCACUCUGGUACCGUAGCAACGACAAGGCCAUCACGAAAGCCGAAGAGCUAGCAAAGAAGCAUGGAAAUAAGUUCAAGGCAUACCAGAUCGAGAUCUCCGACCCGGACAAGGUGAAAGAACUGGUCGCUAAGGUUGUAGAGGACUUUGGAAGACUGGACGUUAUGGUUGCGAAUGCCGGUAUGGCUAUUUCGAAGCCGAUCCUGGAGACCAGUGUGGAGGAGUACAAGAAGCAGUUUGCGGUCAAUGUUGACGGUGUCUUCUACUGUGCCAAAUAUGCCGGAGAGCAAUUCAAGAAGCAAGGCAAGGGUAACUUGAUCAUCACGUCGAGUAUCUCAGCACACAUCGUCAACGUGCCAGUGGACCAACCUGUCUACAACUCCACAAAGGCAGCCAUUACUCACCUAGGCAAGUCUCUAGCUAGAGAAUGGCGCGAGUUCGCUCGAGUUAACAUCGUCUCGCCUGGCUUCUUCAACACCAAGAUGGGAGCGGGAGAAAGCGUCAUCAACGAAGCCUACCGCAUGACACCCAUGGGCAGACAGGGUGAUGUCAGAGAGAUCAAGGCUCUCUAUCUGUACCUUGCUAGUGAUGCUAGCAGUUAUCAGACCGGUAGUGAUACUGUCAUCGAUGGAGGUUACAUCUUGCCUUGA